AUGGCCGAAGCCGAUUACAAGUUCGAGGGCUGGUUGGGUCUUGACCCUUCCUCCGCCAAUGGCAACAUGCAAUGGGGGGAGUUCGAACCGAAGCCCUGGGAGGAGACGGAUGUUGAUAUCAAGAUCACCCAUUGCGGCAUCUGCGGCAGUGAUCUGCAUACUCUCCGGAGCGGUUGGGGUCCCACGAUGUACCCGUGUUGUGUCGGUCAUGAGAUCGUCGGCACCGUCGUCCGUGCUGGUUCUCAGGUAGAGGGAGGUUUGAGAGUUGGUGACCGCGUGGGUGUUGGCGCUCAGAGUGACUCCUGCCGUGGCCGCAAGGGGGAUUGUGAGCAGUGCUCGUCCGGACAGGAGAAUUACUGUCAAAAGCACCACACCGGCACGUACAACGGUGUCUACAUGAACGGCGGCAAGUCAUAUGGUGGCUACGCCCUCUAUGCCCGUGUGCCGUCUCGUUUUGCGGUCAAAAUUCCCGACAGCAUCAGCUCGGCCGAAGCUGCUCCGAUGCUUUGCGGCGGCGUUACCACCUAUACCCCCCUGAAGUAUCACGGGGCUGGUCCUGGCAAGAGUGUCGGCAUCAUUGGUCUGGGUGGUCUGGGCCACUUCGGUCUGCUGUGGGCAAAGGCUCUCAAGGCUGACAAGGUCGUUGUUGUUUCGCGGACCUCGGCUAAGAGGGAGGAUGCUCUCAAGAUGGGCGCCGACGACUUCAUUGCGACGGAUGAAGAACCUGAUUGGGCCAGGAAGCACGCCAAUACCCUGGACUUGAUCGUCUGCACCGUCUCAUCUACGUCUAUGCCAUUUGCCAAGUACCUGUCGCUGCUUAAACUGGAUGGCACUUUCGUCCAGGUCGGUGCUCCGGACGAUGGUCUCCCAGCCAUCAAUCAAUUUGCCUUGAUCAUGAAAAGAAUUAAGAUCACGGGCUCUUUGAUUGGCUCUCCGGCUGAUAUCAAGGAGAUGCUGCAACUUGCAGCUGAGCAGAGGGUCAAACCGUGGAUUCAGGAGAUCCCGAUGAAGGAUGCCAACCGUGCUAUCGUUGACAUGGCUGCCGGCAAGGCGAGGUAUCGUUACGUACUGUACAAUGAGCAGCCCGGUGUUUCGCGCUUGUAA